AUGUCCAUUGUAUUUAACGACAGACAGNCGUCUACUGUAUUUAACGACAGAUAUUCUGCAGUGAAGGCAUUCGUAAUCGAACGUUUUAACCGUACGCUUAAAGAACGCAUGUGGAAAAAAUUUACAGCUUCGAGAUCUUAUCAAUGGUUGAGUAUAUUACAAAAAAUAACAAAUGAUUAUAACAAUGCUAUUCAUUCGGCAAUUCGUCAAAGACCAGCGCAAGCAUCCAAACAACCCGAUAGCGUACGAUUUUAUCGUUUACCGAAUUAUUCUAACAUUACACGAAAAAUAUUAAAUAUUGUUGACGCAGUACGUAUAAGUAAAAAUAAAGCCGCUUUCGUCAAAGGAUAUACACAGAAUUGGUCUAAUGAAAUAUUUUUCAUAGAUAAAAUAAAACAAACAGUGCCCGUUGUAUAUGUGCUGAAAGAUGAAGNACCCGUUGUAUAUGUGCUGAAAGAUAAAGACGGUACGCAAAUUAACGGAACGUUCUACCGGGAGGAGUUGAAAAAACAAAUUUUCCAAAUACGUUUCUGA